AUGUCUCACUCAAUCACCGACUUGAGGGAGCUCAAAGAGAAGCCAAAGAAGCACUUUUCCGCCAACGAUGAAAGUGAUGAGUUUCAACUGGAAAUCAAGGAACGCCGAAUCGACAUGUACAUCGCCGAAAUUGAAAUGGAGCCGCUCUUUCAGCUUGGCUCCACUAUCAGGGCAAUAUACGAUGGCGAUGAACAUGAUCGAUUCAUGGAAAAGCUUGACCAGCGGAUUAAGAAUCACGACAAGGACAUCGAACGAAUGUGCAACUGCCACUAUCAGGGAUUUGUCGAUUGCAUUCACGAGCUGCUUAAAGUGAGACCACAAGCGACCAGCCUUAAAAAUGAAAUCAUCCAAAUCAACUCUGAGCUUCAAAGGUCGUCGGAGAAUAUUCAGCGUAAAGCUGAUGAGCUGAUCAAAUACCGACGAAUGGUCUGCAACACCAAAACCGCCAUUGAGCAUCUGCAAGAGUGCAUUCCAGUGCUGGAGACCUUCUCAAAGUUAACCCAGCAGAUGAAGGAGAAAAAAUACUAUCCUGCUCUGAAGACACUGGAACAAUUUGAAAACUUGUACAUACCGAAAAUACGGAAAUACCGGUUCGCUCAAAGUAUGUGUCAGCGUGUUCCAAAGUUCCGAGAGACCAUCAAAAAGGAAUCAAUGAAGGACUUAAAGGACUUUCUGGAGAACAUUCGUCAGCUAACCUCAAAAAUUGGCGAGAUCGCCAUGAAAAAUGUUGCAUCUCAGCACAAAUCUAAAGAGUUUUCCUUCAUUAUCAACGAGCACAAGCCUAACGGUGUCGUUUCGGAGAAAAUGCUUAAAAUGCCACUUUCAAACGGUACUAUGGCAAACAGCGAAAACCUGGACGACGAAUACUUGUUCAUCAAUGAGGAGCUAAGCGCCACUGACAUUGUCGACUUUUCGCCCGUCUACCGGUGUCUGCACAUCUUUGGCUGCCUCGGCGCUCGAGAUCAGUUUGAAAACUAUUAUCGUCAACAGCGUAAGCAACAAGCCAAGCUUAUUCUGCAGUCCAUUUCUUCCGGGCCCAACAGCCUCUUUGCGGGUGAUAACUUUCGAAAUUACCUCUUUGGCGUGGUCGGCUUCUUCGUCAUUGAGGACCAUCUGCUCAACACCUCCAGCGGCCUAGUGACGAAGCAGUAUCUGUCAGAGAACUGGGACGAUGUGAUUAAGUCGCUGGUGGAGAAUGUUCACCUGCAGGCCUCCAUAUGUCACGACCCGAAGCAGAUGCUGUACAUGAAGAGCCUCCUAAUGCUGUUCUGCCACACCACACAGAGCUACGGUUAUUCUGUAGACCCUCUUAUGAAACUGCUAGUCGAGCUCCGCCAACUAUACAUUGACAUUCUUCUCCGCCAAUGGUCGCAAGUCUUUUCCAGCAUCUUUGACGAUGACAACUACGAUCCACUGCACGUCAACAAUCAGCAAGAGUUUGACGAGUAUUUCAGCGACUUUCCCUUUGCGGAGAUGGAGAUUUUCAAAAAUCACUUUACCGAAUGCGGGGAAAACAACGCAAAAGACGCCUUUCCUAAAAAGUUUCCCUUUUCUUCCUUUGUGCCUAAAGUUUACAAAGCUAUUCGGGAAUUUAUUGCCACCUCUCUGGAGUUCACCCAGGACCUCAACCUUAGCAAUAGCGACAUUGAAGACACCGUGCGCAAGUCGACCAACAUGCUGCUCACUCGAACACUGAGUGAUUCUUUAUCUAGUCUAAUUAAAAAGAAGGGAUUGCAACUGUCGCAGCUAAUUCAAAUAUCGAUCAACACCAAUUACCUGGAGGAGGCGAGCACCUACUUGGAGAUUUACAUCUCCGAUUUGAUCCACAACAAAACGGUGACUCAGUCAAGUAUGGAAGCUUUGGCUGUGCCGAGGAAAGCCUUCAAUGGAAAAGACCAAUCGUACAUUAAGUCCAUCUCUAUGAACAACGAGCCCAGCUCACACUUGGCUCGCCUGCAAGGACGUACGAUGUUCCAGGGUGCUCGAUCUGAAGCAGAGGCGCAAAUAUACACACUGAUGCACUUCAAGAUUGAUGAAUUUUUCGGUAUUGCAAACUACAAUUACCUGCUGACGGACUCACCGGGCAAAGCUUCUUCUUACAUUCUUGAUUUGAUGGCCUUUCUUACGUCCACUUUUGAGGCCUGUACUAACUUGCCCAAAAAAGUGGCUCAAACCGCCUGUUUGUCUGCCUGCAAGUAUAUCGCCAACAGACUACUGAACGUCCUAAUUGACGAUGACGUAAAGUCCAUCUCAAACGGAUUUCUACAGCAGUUCAAUUUGGACCUCAUGCAGUGUGAAAUGUUUGCUUCAUCGGCGCCAAUCAAAGACUUUGAAGAGGGCACCUUACAGGUCUCUUUUACUGAACUUCGGCAAAUUAUGGACUUGUUUAUAGGUAAAAAUAAAUCUUUAUGGUCUAACGGUCCUUUACUAACACUGGUACUUUUAACAGAAUUCGAUGGCUGGCCCACGUACUUUGCCGAGUUUGGCAAGAAUGAGUCUCGCUAUCUUCGCGUGCAGCCCCAAACUGCCCUCAUCCUUCUGGAGAAGUUGAUAAGUGGCGACAGUAAGAAAAAUAUCUUCUCUUCACUUUCGAAAAAUGAGCGUGAUAAGAAGGCUAGAAUCGAUACCAUACUGAAGAAACUUCGGACUUUAACAAGCUCCGCUAAUUAA